CAGGCGGCGUCGGCCACCCGAGAGUGUCUGGUCUCGCCUGCCUGCGGGAUCAAUCCUGUGUUCGACUACUCUUUCUUUGCUUGAGGGUGAUCCGUCACCUAUACCUACCCUCAUCAUGUGGUCCAGCAUUUCCCUUGUCCUCGCAAUCCUGGCCUUGCCAGGCCACGGGGCGUCGCUGCCGCCAUCAGCGUCGCCAGUGCUCGUUGUCCACGAACGGGCAGCCAUCCCGGAGGCAUGGACUCGUGUGCGCGCCGCCGACGAUGACGAGGUCCUGUCGCUGCGUAUCGCAGUCAAGCAGCACCGAGCCCUCGAUGAGGCUGACAUUCUCGCCCGCAGCAACCCGGCCUCGCCCCUCUACGGCCAGUAUCUCGGUGCCCGGGACCUGCGCCAGCUGCUGGACGAUGCCACGACCCACGAUGCUCGAAAGUUGUCGUGGGCUGUCGUCGAGCGCUGGGUGGCCGACAACGCCAUUGCCGUCGUGCGCCGCAGCUCCAGCAGCAUCCACGUCGAGAUGACGGCUCGCCAGGCUCGCAGCGCCCUGGUGGCCUCCUUCUCGCUCUACACCAACAGCCGUGACGAGGACGGGGCCGUCCACGCCCGCACCGAGCAGUACUCGCUGCCCUCGCACGUCAGCCGCCACGUCGACUACGUCUAUCCCACUGUCCACUUCUUUGGCGCGCGGUCUACAAAGGACGCCCCCAAGACACUCGAGGCCCGGCAGCGUUUGCCCGAGGGCCCCUUUGACUGCACCAAGUACAACUGUCCCCGUAACAUCUCGGAGCGCUACGCCAUAGAUUAUACACCUGCCUCACGGUCAGCCAGCACUCUCGCCAUUGCUGGCUUCCUCGAGCAGUACCCCAGCCACGAGGACUGGUCCUCCUUCAUGACCAAGUUUGUCGGUACCACCCAAGAACGCUACAGCACCGUCACGCUCGACGGCGGCCUCGAUCCGGACACAGUGGAGGCUUCAGGUUCGGAGGCCAUGCUGGAUCUUGAGUACUCGACCCCGUUCACGGGGCCCCUGGCUGUUACUUACUACUCUGUCGGCGGACGGGCUCCGACCCUCGGGCAGCCCGGCAACGUGACCGUACCUGCGGACGAGUCCGAGAACGAGCCGUUCCUCGACUUCUUCGACCACCUCCUUGCCCAGGAGACUGUCCCCCAGGUCAUCACCAUGUCCUACACGGACGACGAGCAGACGGUCCCCUACAGCUAUGCCGUCGAGGUAUGUGAGCGAAUCUCCCAGCUCGCCCUUCGCGGUGUCACCGUCCUCGCCGCCAGCGGCGAUGCCGGCACCCAGGGCACGCGGAGGAGCGACUGCAAGGGACCCGACAACGAGGACCGCUUCGUCCCGACCUUCCCGGCCUCUUGCCCGUGGGUCACCACCGUCGGCGCCACGGCGGCCUACGGCGGGCCCGCGUCCUACUCGUCUGGCGGCUUCUCCAACUACUUUGCGCGCCCGGCCUGGCAGCAGGACGCCGUGCAGGGGUACCUGGACCUCAUGGCUGACGGCACCGUAGCCCAGCCCAACACGACGUGGUUCAACAGCUCCGGCCGGGGGUACCCGGACCUCUCGCUCCUCGGCAAUGACUACCUCGUCGUGUGGCGUGGCUUCGCCCAGCCUCUCAAGGGCACCUCGGCCUCGACCCCCGUCGUCGCCUCCAUGGUCGCCCUCCUCAACGACCUGCGCCUCGCGCAGGGCAAGCCCGUCCUCGGCUUCCUCAACCCGCGCCUCUACGCGGCGGCCGCGAGUGUCUCCAACAACACCGCGGCAUUCAUAGAUGUGUUGGAUGGGCGCAUCAAUGGGUGUGCCAGCGCCGAGCACGCGGAGCCGGGGUUCGAGGCUGCGGCGGGCUGGGACGCGGCCUCGGGGCUUGGAGAGCCGCUAUUCAAGCAGCUACGGGCGCUUCUUGUAUGAAACGUGGGGCCAUAUACACAAGUCUACAUACAUAAAUACACAUGACCUAUAAACACAUCUACAAA